GCGGGGCCGCGGGCCACGUGCGCGGCGGGGCCGCGUCGCGCGCCAAUAAAGCGUGGAGAGACGGGCACCGCCUCCGCGUGACCUGGGGGCGGGGCGACGGGGGCCCAGCCAAUGAGCGGCGGGCGCAGCGGCGGCGCGUGGAGCCCGGCGACGGUGCCGGCGCCGCCAAGAUGGAGUCGGUGGCGCUGGUGGCGCCGGUGACGGCGCUGGCGUUCGCCGGGGACGUGCUGCUGGCGGGCACGGGCCCGGAGGUGGCGGCGUUCCGGCUGAGCGGCGCUGGGCCGGCGACGGCGGCGGGGCGGCGGAUCGUGCUGCGUGAGACCAGCGUGCAGGGGCUGCGGGCCGAGCCCGGUCCUGCCGGCGGGGCGGCGGUGCGGGUGGCGGCGUUCGGCGGGCGCUGGCUGGCGGUGCUGGCGGUGCGGCGCGGCGGCGGGGCGCGGCUCACGGCGUGCGGCGGCGGGGCGGCGCGGGAGCUCGGGGCGCGGGUGUGGGAGGCGCGCUGGGCGGCGGGCGGGCGGCUGGCGCUGGCGCUGGGCGGCGGGGCCGUGGCGCUGUACGAGUGGCGGGGCGGCGGGCGCUGGCUGCGGCGGGCGAGCUGCGGCGGGGCCGGGGCGCUGCGCUGCGCCGUGCUGGCGGGGACGGGCUGGGAGCGGCUGGCGCUGGCGGCUGGGACGGCGGCGGGGGCCGUGGUGGUGUGGCGGGCGGCGGCGGCGGAGACCCCGCGGCGGCGGCUGCUGGGGCACCGGGGCGCGGUGCUGGCGCUGUGCUAUGCGGCGCCAAGGGGACUGCUCGCUUCCGCCUCCGAGGACCGCAGCGUGCGGCUCUGGGCUGUGGGUGCGCUGGGCGGCGGGCCUGGGGAGCGGGACGGCUCCUGCCUGCUAGUGUGUUACGGGCACGGGGCGCGGGUGGCGGCCGUGGCGCUGCGGGGGCCGUGCCCCGUGAGCGCCGGGGAGGACAGCGCCUGCCUGGAGUGGGACGGCGGCGGCGGCGUGCGGAGAGCGCGGCGGGGGCACCGCGGGGCCCUGCGCGCCCUGGCCUUGCGUCCCGCCGGCGGCUGCCUCGCCACGGGUGGGGACGAUGGCGGCGUCCGGCUCUGGCGGCCCCGGCGGGCAAUCUCGGACGCGGCCCCGGUGGCAGCGGCGCUGGGGGCCCCGGGGCGGCCGCGGGCUGUGCUGCUGGCGGGGCCGCGGCGGGUGCUGGCGCUGGACGAGGCGGGCGGGCUGGCAGAGUACGAUGUGCCGGCGGGGCGCUGGGUGCCGGUGCUGCCCCCCGCUGCUGUCGGACCCCACGGGCUGCUGACGGCCGCCACCCUGCCCAGCGGAGCCGAGGCGUUCUGUGCCCUGGCCGGUGGUGACGGGCGCCUCCUCAUCUUCGCCCUGGGCCACCCCGGGGCCACCGCCGAGCUGAGGCUGUUCAAAGGGGCCGUGCGUGGGCUGAGCUGGGCCACCCAUCCUGGGCUGCCCUCUGACACCGCUGCCCUCCUGGCCUCCGGGCCCGACGGGGAGAUGCUCUGGCUGGAUGUCACCCACCGCUCCGGGCAGGCACCCUGUGUGCGGCUUAUGAGACGGUACCUGCUGCCCCCCUGCAGGCAGCGCUGGCACACCUGUGCGACCUUCCUGCCCCAGGGAGGGCUCCUGGUCUGCGGGGACCGCCGGGGCUCCCUCCUCCUCUUCCCUUGCAGCAGCUCCCCAGGGUUGGCUGCGGGAAGCACCGGCAUCGCCGAUGGCAGCACCAGCCCAGCAAACGAGGGCUCCGGCAGUGAGUUGGAGCUCUCUUGCUUGUUGCAGAAAGAGGCUCUUCCUAUUGAGGCCCCACUAUCCGUGCUCUUUGGCCUCCACGGGAAGACGGGGGUUACCUCAGUGACCUGCCAUGGUGGCUAUAUUUACAGCACCGGGCGGGAUGGCUGCUACCGCCAGCUCCGCCUGCAGGACCAGCAGCUGGAGGUCCUGCAGAAGCACAGGCCCUGCAAAGGGCUGCAGUGGCUCGAGGAGCUGCGCUUCACUCCAGAUGGGGACCUGCUUGUGCUGGGCUUCCAUGCUGACAACUUUGUGGUGUGGAGCAGCAGGACUGGUGAGAACCUCCACUGCAUCCCCUGCGGCGGGGGGCACCGCUCCUGGAGCUACUGCAGCAGCCCCUCGUCUGAGAACUUCGCCUUUGUCAAGUGCGGGGACGUGAUGCUGUGCCACCGCCAGCCCGAGCCCUGCGAGCAGCAGGUGCUCCUGUCGUCCCUGCACGGGCGGGAGAUCACCUGCGUGCGGCGCCUGGGGACGGUGGAGGUGCCCGGCCACGCCGCCCUUAAUGUCUUCGUCACUGGCAGCGAGGACACCACGGCCUGUGUCCUGGCGCUCAGCGAGCGCUCCCGGGCAGCCGUGCCUCUCACGCGGCUCAGCGACCACAUCUCCAGCGUGAGGGCGCUGGCGCUGGCCAAGCCCGCGGGACCCAGCACCAAGGGCGCGUCCACCCUGCUCUUCUCUGCGGGCGGCCGGGCACAGAUCGAGUGCUACCGACUGCUGUGUGCCGCGGACCCGGCCUCUGAGAGCGCCGUGGCCUGCCAGGUUACCCACGUGGCCUCCCACCGGCUGGAUGGGCACUGGGAGCGGAAGAAGAACAGGCACAAGCUCAUCAAGAUGGACCCAGAGACGAGAUACAUGUCCCUCUCCGUCAUACCUGGGACCAGCUCUGAGCAGCUGCCGACACCCUGGGAGUUCCUGGCUGCUGCCUGCAGCGAUGCAUCAGUCCGGGUCUUUGGGCUGCUGGAGGCCGCUCGGAAGCUGGUGCUGGUGGCGGAGUCGUUUCACCACCAGCGCUGUGUGCUGAAGGUGGAGGCGUUCCUGCACACACGGGCAGGCGGGGAGAGGAGACACCUCCUGUGCAGCGCAGCCACUGAUGGUAGUGUCGCCUUCUGGGACAUCACCAGCCCCAUCAAGGACGCAGUGGACGCCCUGCACCGAGGGGAGGGCGAGAUGCAGCCCCUGGCCCUGGGCACGCCGCUGCUCACCGUCAUGGCCCACAGCUGCGGCGUGAACAGCCUCCACAUCCACCGGACACCGGAGGGACCGUACCUAGUGGCCAGCGGCAGCGACGAUGGCUCCAUCCAUGUCUGCCUGCUGGAGGUGUCCCUGGGCGAGGGCACAGCAGGGACCUGCCUGCGUGUCCUGGAGCGGGUGGCCAGGCCCUGCGCCCAUGCCGCACACGUGACGGGGAUACGGGUGCUGCGGCCGGACCUGCUGCUCUCGGCCUCGGUGGACCAGCGCCUGACGCUGUGGCGCCGGGGCCCAGGUGGGCUGGACGUGCUCAGCACCACCUUCUUCCACGUGCCCGACCUGGCAGAGCUGGACUGCUGGGAGGUGACGGAGGCCGGGGGGGUGCUGAGCUACUGCUGCGUGCUCUGUGGGCAGGGGCUGGAGGUGCUGCGUGGCACAUGCCCCCCUGAGCCCCCUCCACUAGAGGCUCCCCAGUAACAGGGCAGGCAACCAGCACAUCCUGCUCCCCCCUGGUCCGGGGAGGGCACCCUGCCUGUCCCCACAGCUCUAAUGCUGAUGUGUCCCCUCUUGAGGAGACAGGUGUGCUCGGCCUCUUUGGGGACAGCACAGCCUCAUCUGGAGCAUUUGAGGCUGGUGUCUCAGGGGUAGGAGGCAGAUGUGGCCCAUCCUGGACCAGCUCACAGCUCCCCAGGCAAUUAAGGGGCAGGGCUCCCUGUGCAGGAGAAGCUCUUCCUCCCCAGCGCUGAGGGACCUAUGCCCAGGCUCUCCAGCCCUGGUCCCAAAGAGGAACCUGCUCAGGAGGGGGCUGAGCAUCAUGCCCAGCCCCGGGAGCGUGAGCGCAGCAGGACCCCAAGACUGGUUGGGCACUGGUGGCUGCAGCCUCAUGCUCCUGGGGACAGGGCCCUGUGUGACAACCCUGACCCUGCAGUGCUGGGGACCAUGCAGAAAUAAGUGGGGAUACUGAUCCUCCACGGCAGUGGAGAUGUGUGGGGCCAGCCUGGGCCAGGACUCAGAGCAGCCCUUCCAACCUGCCUCACACCAAGUGGUUGUUCCGCAUAGCAGCAGGACCCAUGACAGCUGCAGCUCAGGGAAGGACAAGAAGCUGCACGUGGUCCCUGUGUGGAGCAAAGUGCCGCAAUGGGGUCAGAAACACACAAUGUUUGUCCAGGAACACGUGUAUUACGCUCUGGUACUGGAGCCUGGUCUGGGCCCCAGUGGGAGCCUCGAGCCUCAGGAGCUCCCUGCCAGCACGGAGCCACCAUCAAUAAACGGCUUUAAGGGAUGCAA